CGCGCUCGUGGGUCUCGGCCGCGGCGGUGGGCGGGGAGGGGGAAACACCGCCCCAACUCCACUGCGCAUGCGCCAGGCGCGGUCGUCUUGGCAACGGGACGCCGUGCCGGCAGGGAGUGAGGGCAGCCACCGCCGGCUGUCAUGUCGGCGAUUUUGUGCGAGUGGCUUAACCAGGAGGUGAAGCUCUCCCGGAGCGUGGGUUCAGGGUCAUUUUCGGAAGAAUUUUCUACUGGCUACCUCCUAGGAGAACUCCUAUACAAGUAUGGUCUUCAGGAUGACUUUAAUCAAUUUUCACAGAGCAGGGUUGCAAAUGCAAAACUUAACAAUUUUACUCGCCUGGAGCCCACGCUUCGCCUCCUUGGUGUACAGUUUAAUGAGAAUGUUGCCCAAGACAUAAUGACAGGACGGCAUGGGGCUGCCACAAAGCUUUUAUAUGAAUUGUACAUUGCUUUAGGAAAAAAGCAAAAGGCAAAACUCACUGGAGUAGCCAUAGAAGCAAUGAGACCUGCAGCAACUACAAAGCUUAAGUCUAUUGAAAGUGUUUUGUAUCGAGAGCGUUUGAAAAAUUUAGUGCCACGUCAGACUGAUUUGCAACUACAGCAGAUUUCAGAUCAUUUUGAAAUAAAAUCUAAGCCAGUAGCAGAUGAAAUAGCUCGUAUACAUAUUGCAGAACAACAGAAAUUUCAGAAGAUCCAAGAGGAACAAAUAGCCCAAGACACAGAAAAGCAUAACAUAGGAAGAAGGAGACAAAAUGAAAUAAUGGCUAAGAUUCAAGCAGCCGUUAUACAGGUUCCAAAGCCACCACCAAAGUGCAUUGUAAAAGCUAUUGAAGCCAAAGCAUUCUUAAAGAAGAAAAGAGAAGCAGAGGACACUUACAAGGAGAUUAAAAAAUUUGAGAAUUCUAUGGCAGGAAAUGCCUUUGCGGUACACAACCAAGUCACUGACAGUGAUAUACAAGAAUUAUUGCAAGCAACAACCCUUGAAAGUACAGCACAGACAGCAACUGAGCUGUUAAAUAUUUAUUCAGAUGAUGAAUAUAUACGAAAAAUUCAAAAACGUUUGGAGGAAGAUACUUUUGCUAGAGAACAACGAGAAAAGAGACGACGAAGAAUGCUAAUGGAGCAGUUAAUAGCACAUGAAGCACAAGAGAAGGCUUAUCGGGAAGAGCAACUUAUUCACAGACUAAUGAGACAAUCUCAGCAGGAGCGGAGGAUUGCUGUUCAACUCAUGCAUGUUCGACAUGAAAAAGAGGUGUUAAGACAGAAUAGAAUUUUCAGGGAAAAACAAUAUGAAGAAAGAAGAGAGAAAGAGUUCCAAGAAGCUCUUGAUAGAGAAGCGGCUCUGGCAAAGCAAGAAAAAAUUGAUUAUGAAGAACAAACCAUCAAAGAAAGAGAACGUCAUGAGAAAAUUGCCGUUGAAAGAGCUCAGGCUCGUUAUAAAAAGCAUUAUGCUAUAUGUUGGGAAGUGAUUGACCAAAUAAUUGAUUUGUCAACAAAAGUAGGAGAAUAUCGUCUGCUGACUAACAACAAAAUUCCGUUAAAACUGAUGUGUGAUUGGAAGGAAUUUUUCUUUAAUGGAAAACCAAUAUAUGGGCAAACCUCAAUUCAACCUUUGCCAAAUGGACCAAGUCAAGAACUUGAAGAGCUGAAUAAAAUGAUUCUGUUAGAUGAAAAGGAUUAUGGUGAAUACAAGAGUAUGACAGGGGAAUGGCGCCCAUCUGAAGACAACAGUGAAAACAAACCUCCUCUUAAUAAUAACAUAUUGGGUCAUGUGCUUCAUAGACUGAUGGAGAUUUUCUAUCCUCCAAAACCCGUAUCUUCACCACCUGCAUUUCCUGAGUUUCCCAUCAAGGGAUGUAUUUUGGGGAAACAUUUUAGUGGAAAAACUACCUGCGUAAAGUUUCUUGGAAAAGUUUGCAACAUUCAGGUACUAUCUAUUGAUACUCUGGUUCAGGAGGCCAUCCAAGCUUAUCUUAAAAAUGAAAUGAAAAGUGAACAUGAUGUGAUUUCACAGGAAACAGAAUGUUCUGAGAAAGAAAAUGAGGUCCAAAAUAACUUAUCAAAAUCACCAGCAAAAGUUCUAGAGGAACUCAAAACAGAAACAUCUAUCAAUGGAACCAAUGGUAACUGUCCUGUCAAAGAGGAUCUGUCUGGGCAAGAAUUCAAAUCAGACUACAGUCGGAAUGACCUAUCCAAGCUGUCUGUACGUGCCCAGCUUGGCGCCGCAUCACAGAAAUUGUUGAAGAAAGGAAAAAGUAUUCCCGAUGAAUUACUGAUUGACAUUCUGUUGGAAGCCAUUAACAAAACACCACCUGAGAAGGGAUGGAUUGUGGAUGGGUUUCCAAAGACAGUUAAUCAGGCAAAGCUGUUUGAAAAAGCCUAUACAGGGAUUGAUCCAGAACAAGAAGAUGCAAACUCUGGAAGACUCUUACUUGCUACAGAUCCCAGAGCUCCUAAGCCUCCAGUUUCCCCACCUGCGUUUGAUGUUUCCAUAUUAUUGGAUAUUUCAGACACCAUGGUACUGAAACGUGUGGCUAAAUCGGAGUCAGAUAAAUCAAAGUCAUCUCAAACUGAAGAGGAGGACAACAAUCAAAAUUCAGAUGCUCAAGCCCUAAAAGAGAAGAAUGAUUUAGCUAGGGACCAGGUGCUACACAGAAUUUCAGGCUUUCUAGACACAUGGCCAAAAGUAGAGAAAUGGUUUUCAGUCCAUCAAAAUAUUCUAGUGAAAGUCAAUGCAGAGACAGAAGAAAGUCUGAUGUGUGAAACAGUGAAGGAAAUUAUAAUGGAAGAAAUUGCCAAGAAGCAGAAUAGAAGUAAUAUACAUAUACAAGGGUCCGUUGAAGAAGAAUCACCAGGAAAAAAACUUUCACCAGUUGCAUCUGGAGAUCUGCUUCCUCCAGUUCCUGUGACAGCACCACCAAUCAAACCAGGAUCAGAUGAAUGGAUUUAUGUAGAUGAACCAAUUCCCCAGGAGAUACCUGGUUUUUUAGUACCUUACUGGGAAAUGGUAGAAAAUGUGUAUGUGAAUACCAUCAAAACUAUACUUAGAUGCCUAAGGGAUGAACAACACUCUGUGAUAUAUUACUUAGCAGACAUUAGAAAAAAAUUCCAAGAUUAUUUGAAGCGUCCAGAUCUUAAGCAGGAUUUUGUAUCUCAGUGGCAGUUGGAUUUUAAUUCAGUUGCUGAUGACCUGCGGGAAGAUGAGGAAACAAAAGCAGAACUACACCAAAGAGUUACUGACCUAAGAGAUUUUCUCUGGGAUAUCUGUGAUAGCAGAAGGGAGGAAGCUGAGCAGGAACGUACUGAUAUCAUGAAUGAUGGCUGGUUACCAGAUCGUAGGGGGAUUGCGAUGAACCAUUUCUUUUCACUCAUGCAGGUUGAAGUGGAUCGUUUCCAAGAUACAAAGAGACUUCUUCACGACUAUUAUAGGGCAAUGGAAGGAAAAAUCCCAACAGAGGACAGUCAAGAUUUUACUAGAAUCCCAUUGUUAAAUAUUAUUGAUGUAAAGCAGAAAGAAGAUCAAAAUGAAUCAAGAAGGAUUCCUCUAGUUUCUUGGAAACUGCCUUCAUCAGAAACAAGUAUUACCAAGUCAAAAAGCAAGACAACUCUACAGAAGAGUGCUAAGGAUGAGAAUUCUUCUGAAAGUGGAAAGGCCACUUUUGGGAAAGACGAAAAUCUUAUUACUGAUACAUGUCAAGCAGCAGUAACAGCAGUAUCAAAUAUGGUAACCACUGAAAUACGGUCUAAAGAAAUGGAGGAAGAAGAAGAACGUCAGCAGCUGGAAGACCUGAAAUCAUCACAGAAAAAUUCAGGCAAAGCUACUGGGAAAGGUGCCAAAUCAGCUACUAAAAAGAAAGGCCCGCCUUCUGCAAUUGAAGAUGGCUCAGUCCCUACAUCCCCAGAAGAAUUAAAGAAACAAGAACUGAUGGUUAAAAUAAAGAAAGAAUAUUUCAGUGCCUUGAAACAUGAGGAGAUAGCCACAAUAUCUCGACUAGAGCUUCUAAAAGAAAAAGCUUUAGCAUUUCUUGAAGAGCUAACAAUGAAAGCAGAAGCAGCUUAUAAAGAUAUGGAAAAGUGGCUUGGAUCUAGAUUCCUGGCAGAAACAUCCAGUGUUGAAAAGCUGAUUGAGGUUGCACGACACCAUAUUGAGAAUUCUAGCAAAAUCCAAUAUGAAAUGACUUUAGAAGAAACAGAUUUCUUCAUCAGCAGUGAUGUAAAAAUGAUGCCUGACCCUGUCCCUUUACCACAUGCUCCUCAUGUAGAGACCUCUGGAAGUGGUACUCUAACUAUUUCACAACUUACUACACUUCAUAAACAGUUUCUACAGGUGGCACCUAGAGCCAUAAGAGCACUGAAGCAAUUUAAAAGCAAGAAUAAUUCUUCUAGCAAGCAAGAAGUUGGUGACAGAGGGAAAGAGAAGAAAGAUUUGGAAUAUCAGAGAACAAAGAGAAAUCGCCAGUUUCCAAAAAUAUGGCUAACAAAAUAUUCCUGGUUAAAAUAUGAUGAUGAAAGGGGAAUAAUGUUUUGUGCACUAUGUCGUAAGCAUAAUGUGGAUUUGGGGGAAAACAUUCAUAAUUUUUGUUCAGGCACUGAUGACUUCAAGCUUGAAUUCAUAAAUACACACCAGAGUAGUGAAGCUCAUGCCUGGGCUACCUGCAUGGAAGCUGCCAGUACUUCUUCACCAGACACAGCUUCUUCUGAGCAGAUGUUGAAGAGCAUGAACUCCAUAACAUUAGGAAGGGUAGAAAAUAUUUUUAGAACAUGCCAUGCUAUUGCUAAAUCUGGUCGUCCCUUUACAGACCUUGACUGGAUGUGCAAACUAGAUGAUAUGAAAGGAGUGGAUGUUGGUUCUGUGUUUAGAAAUGACAAGUCAGCAAGAAUGUUCAUACAUUUUAUUGCUGAAGCAGAAAGAAGAGCUUUGAAAGAGAAACUGGAGAAAUGUAAAUUCUUCUCUGUCAUUAGUGAUGGAGUCAUAGACAGUAUACUGCAAGCAGCUGCAGUUGUCUACGUACGCUUUGCAAAUGAAGGAAGAGUCCAUUGCCAGAUUGUUGGCAUUCAGCCUGUUCACAAAACUGAUGCUCCAACUAUAAAAAAUGCAAUUGAGGAAACACUACAAAUAAAUCUUCAUCUCUGUCUGGCAAGUCAAGAUUGGUCAAGAAAAUUAGUUGGGUUUGGAAGUGAUGCGACAGAUGUCAUGGUAGGAGAAAACAGAGAAGUAGCUAAACUUCUGAGGGAAAUUCAACCUUGUGUACAAUCUGUGCAUUGUUUUGCUCACCGGCUAAAGUUGGCUUACAAAGGAGCACUGAAAAAUAUUCAGCUGUACAAAAUCUUAAGCACUGUCUUGAGAAAUAUAUAUUACUUUUAUCAUAACUCACCUCUAAAUAAGAAUAAUCUCAAAGCCACAUAUGAAGCCAUCAAGUUACGCCCAGCUAUUCCUUCUCGCACUGGAGGCUCUCAGUGGCUUCCUCGUCUACAAACAGCUCUACAAAUUCUCCUUAAAGGUUAUCCUGCAAUUAUUCUACAUCUGAAUAAGAUUGAAAGAGAUUCAAGAGCUUCAAAGCAGCAGAAUGUCAAAGGCCUUUUACACCUCCUUCUGAAAAUGGAGAUAGUCAAGUUUUCACACUUCUUAUUGGAUGUCAUCAAUGUUCUCAACAUUCUGUCACGUGUUGUUCUGGAUCAUAAUUCCUCCAUUGCAGAUAUAUUUGCAACCGUGCAAUCAACUCUCAAAACACUCCAUAUGUAUCAAACAAGAGCUGGACCAAAGGAACGCCUGAUGGAAACCAUGCAGCACUUUCAUGGUUACCAGCUUGUUGGAAAUGGAAAUAUUUCAGCAGCACGAACCAAAUUACUAAGUAAUUUGAUGAAGAAGCUCCAUGAUUGUUUUUGCGAUGCAAGUCAAGAUGUUUUGAGAGCAACUGCUAUUGGAAGUUUUAAACUAUGGCCUGAAAAAAUGAAACAAGAAUUUGGUGAAAAGGAAGUGUCUGUCUUGACUAAACAUUAUGAAGCCACACUAGAAGCUGCUAGUGUGAAAAUAGGUGAAGUAGAAACUGAAUGGAGCAUGUUGAAAUUAGAGCUGUAUAACAGAUUUCAGAACGUCCAGACCUUGACUUGGGAUUCAGUGAACUCAGAUUAUUCAAAGAAGUAUCCCAACAUCCUGACACUGGUAGAUUUGAUCCUAACUUUGCCAGCAAGUUCAGCUGAAACAGAACGAGGCUUCAGUCAGAUGAAACUCACCAUGAUGCAUUUACAUUCUAAACUGAUGUCUGAAAGUGUAACAGAUCUUAUGAUAAUUCAGAUGAACUCUCCAGAUAUAAAAAAAUUUGACCCCAAGAAAGCUAUUCGUUUGUGGAAUGCUACUUGGAAGAGAAAUAGAUUACAGGGAGGUGAUAUGACAAAUGAAAGAUCAAAUUACUCCUCUGAGUUUGAUUUGGAGAAUCUCCAUAGAAGUUACUAGAUGAAAAUUGUUAGCUUUUAUUUUGAGUCGUCUUAUACUAUACAUGUGUACUUUAACAUAAUACCUUGCAGGGUUAAUGAGUGUAAAAUUUAUAUUUUUUUUUCAUAAUGUGUUACAAUGUUAAAAUACGGGUUUUCUUUAUGUUCACUGUUGAAUUGCCAGUAGAUGUUUGCAUUUGCCUUUCUGUACCUGACUUCUGGAAAUACGAAGACAACAACAAUAAUGGAGUGCAUUUUUACCUUGGUGACAUGUGGACAGAGGGAUGACUCAUAACUUCUGAUUGUUUAUUGCAUUUACCUGAUUUAUAAUACUUUAUAACUACUGGUCUUAACUGUCAUCUUACUAUCUGUCUUUAAUUGUUCAAAAAGCUUCACUGAUUGUGAAAAUUCUGAUAAUAUUUUUAUAAAUAUGUGUGAAAAUCAGUGCAUUAUUUGUGUUAAAUGACUGCUUGAUCUCUGUAGCCUGUGAAUUUUGGGUCAUACCUUCUUUCAAUAUCUGUAUGUGUUGCUACUUUUUAUUUCUUGUGAAUGAGGUUUAACAUAAACUUCCACAGAUUUUUGUCAGACUUGUCCCUCAGAAGACUUCCCUACAGAGGCAGAACAGAACAAUUUUCCAUUGCUGAUUAUUAAUUGCACAAAUGAGUCUUCCUAUAGCAAACACUCUUACAGCUAGAAUAUAAGUAAUAUACUACACAGCUUGAACCAUUUUUUUUCCUAUAAAAAUGCUUCAGGGAAUGUUGAAUAAAAAUGCUGUAUCUUGAUUUUUGAUCUAGGAGCCAAGAGUGAGAAUUGUUCAGAGAUGCUUCUGAUUUGUAAUUUCAUACUUCUACAUGUUUUAAAUGCAACUUUAUAUUUGAUAAUUUCCAAUCAAGGAAAAACAUACCAGCAGAAUAUAUUUCGACCAUCAAGCUAAUUAGCGAUUUAUAUCAAAAGAAAGCCAAAGUGAAAUCAUUAAUGACCCUAUUUCAGUCACGAAGAUCAACUAGAAAUAAUUUGGAUAAAUGAAUUUGAGUUCAUUCACCUUUAAAUCAGCCCUUUUCCAAAAUCAUUAUCAACUCUCUACUGUCAAUAUGAAACAUAUCUAGGAAUUGCAGAAGGUAUACUAGAAAUAUAUACACACAAUAUGCACACACACACACAUAUAUAGUCAUUGUUGUGUCUCUUGCAUAUAUAUUCAUGCUACUUCUAGGUCUAAAUAGUAUAUCAUAAGCGAUUAAGCUAUGUUAGUCCACUGAAGUAGAGUUAAUCUAUAGGGAUCAGAAAAAGAGAUCAGUGCUGUGCAUUAUAUAGUUGAUUAUAAAAGAUACAUCAUUGAAAUGUCUUCAUUUGUGAUUUCUCAGAUAACAAAAAAGUUGUUAUACUUUACCUAAUAAGCAACAGGAUAUGUACUAUACGGGGUACCUUAUUAGAUAUGUGGCAUGGGCAAUUCUAAGGAUUUUCUCUUAAACCUCAUAACACCAAGUUUUCCCCUCAAAGUUUUCAAAUGGGAAGAUGGUUAUUAACUAUUAUUAACUAUGAUGAGAUUAGGGAAAAAAAAAAAAAAAAAAGAAAAUAAGAGAAAAAGAAAAUGUGUCCCCAGAAUGUUCAACAGCAGAAGACAAAAAACAAAGUAACAAAAGUGUAUUUUGGAUCUGUAGCACUGAAGUAACUUCCGUGAUAUGCGGGGGGAAGCAUCACAUUUUUAAUAUUAGGACUGAAGAUAAUGAAUGCAUUACUCUUGGAAAAAUACUAGUAAAAUCGUAGUAUUAUAACAAGUAGUUGGAUAUCAAGAAGUCAUCUAUGUCUAAAAAUGGGAUCAAGUGUAGUCAGACAACUAUGUCCAAUAUUUGUCCCUUGUUCUUUUUUGAUAAGCUUUUAAAAUGGUCCAGUGUAGAAUCAGUGUGGUUUGUUUUCCUUAGUGCUUUGGUGUUCUUCUGAUUACAUGGUUUUCACUGCUAUCUGAAAUAUUUUUGCUGCAAAUAAACUUAAUUUCCUAUUAUUCUUCCUAAUUGCAGCUAUCAAGAGGGGCUUAUCCCCAUGCUCCUUGUAGUAUUUGUUUUUAACUGAUAAACUACUUCUAUAUUUUCUCAUAAUUUUCCUUUCAUAAAUUAAACUAGCAGAAUUCCUUCAACCUUGCCUCUCAGGAUCUGGUUUCUAACCCUGUGAAGAUUCUUUCAGCUUUCUUCUUGGCACUCUUUAGUUGCUAUACAUCCUUCUAGAUCUGCAAAUUCCAAAAUUGUAUGCCAGCAGAAGCCUUAACAGCUGAAGAGAAUACAAAUAUUAUUUCCAGUGUCUUCCCAUGUACUCUUCAGUGAUGAUGUAAUCUGCCAUAAUCCCUAGGGCAUUUUCUACAGAAAUUUUACUUUGGCAGUAAGAUUCCCACUGUCACUUUUAUGCAGUUCAUUAUUUCAGUCCAUUGUGGCACUUGACAUUUAUUCUUAUGCUAUAUAGUUUCCUUUUUAUCCCAGACUGUAUCUCCAAUUUGUAAAGUACACUUUGAAUUCUGAUUCUGUUCUCCAAUGUGUUUGAAGUCCUUUCUUGGUUGUUUUUAUCUGCAAUGUAAUGAAUGUAUUAAUUUGUGCAGUCUGUUUACUUAAAGCACUGUUCUGUUCUGUUUCCAAUGAGGUUUACUUAGUAAUCUUGGCCAUCUCUCUAGUUUUUAAAAAUCUCUUUGAAUUCUGAUUCUUCUUCCAAAAUGCUUGCUAUCCCUUCUAAUGAAAUGUGUAGAACCACAUUUAAAGAGUUCUUUUUUUCUGUUCAGUCUCCUAUAUCAUUCAAUAAAAAAGUGUUUGGUUUGUUUGGUAUUA